CGCGGAAGACGCUGUGCUUUUAAGUCACGCAUCUGGCAUAGCACCUUUUUGCGGACCUCAUCCCGGAAUAUGUGACAGUCGUAUCCAUGGCCAUUUCCUUUGGCCUCCUCCUCUUCCUCCUCCAAAGCAUAUUCUCCUUCCUGUCGCACGGCUCACGGCCGCUUCCGCAGACGCAAGCCCAGACACCACUCUCGACAGCGAGCAACAACCGCAAGAAUGACACCGCCAUCUCGCCGGAGCUGUAUGAAGAGCUGGAAGAGCUCGCCCGCAUAGUCGAUAUAGCGUACUGCGUAGGCACAGCGGGGUUGGGCAUCCAGAAGCCCUUCAAAUGCGCCUCGCGAUGCAGCGAGUUUGAGAACUUUGAGCUCGUCGCCACGUGGAACACGGGGCCCCUCCUGUCCGACUCAUGCGGCUACAUCGCGCUCUCGCACCCUCCGUCCGCACCACGCAUCAUCCUCGCCUUCCGCGGCACCUACUCCAUCGCCAACACCAUCGUCGACCUCUCCACCGUCCCUCAAGCAUACGUGCCCUACCCAGCGCCCGACGAGACACCCCCACCUGCCCGCCCUCCCAAAUGCACCAACUGCACCGUCCACACCGGCUUCUACAUCUCCUGGCUGAAUACCCGCAAAGCCAUCCUCCCGGACCUCACGGCCGCCAUCGCCGCCUACCCAAACUACACCCUCACUCUCGUAGGCCACUCCCUCGGCGGCGCCGUCGCCGCCCUCGCGGGUCUAGAUUUCAUCGCGCGCGGCUGGGAUCCGCACGUCACCACGUUCGGGGAGCCGCGGAUCGGGAAUAGACACCUGAACGCGUACUUGAAUGAGCGCUUCGGCAUCGUCACGGGUAACAACAGCGCGCCAGAUGGAAGUAAGGAUGAGAUGAUGAAGAAGAGGAAGAAGAAUAAGUUCCACCGCGUCACACACGUCAACGAUCCUGUCCCGCUCUUACCCCUGGAGGAAUGGGGGUACACCAUGCACAGUGAGGAGCUCUUCAUUUCGUCCGUUUCCGACCUCCCACCUUCACGGGAGGAUGUACAUCACUGCGACGGAGGGGAUGAGGAUCCCAGGUGUAUUGCUGGGAACGGGAAUGGAGAGGUGGACAAGGGCGGAUGGAGCGGUGUGCCUGCGAGGUUCCGCUUCUGGCAGCUCUUCUUCGCGCAUCGGGAUUAUUUCUGGAGGUUGGGGCUUUGUGUUCCGUCGGGGGGAUGGAAGGGAUGGGGAUCAUUGGUCUCUACAUGUCCGUUGAUCACAUCUUUCCUUUUAUGGUAG